AUGCCAUAUGCCCACCGUACAAGGCUAUGUCUUCUUCAUUCACAGCCGCUUCCAUCACGAGACACUUACAAAUUUGAUAAUGUUGAAGAUGCUGUAGCUUUAUUUAAUUGCAAGGUUGAUAUGCAUCUGCAGCCAUCGAUUGUGGAAUUGACCAAAAUCUUGGGAACGAUUAUAAAUAUGAAGUCAGAUGGUUUUGUACUCUCGAUAAUGAGCAAGUUUGUUAAGUGGGGUUUUAAGCCAAGUGUUGUAACUUUUACUACUCUAAAGAAGGGGUUGUGCCUUAAUGGUAAGAUUUUGGAUGCACUCUACAUUAAUGGUAAAAUAUUUGCAAAAGGAUUAUGGUUUGAUGAAGUUAUGUAUGGAACUUUAAUCAAUGGGUUGUGUAAGUCUGGAGAAAUAAGAGUUGCUCUCCAAAAGCUUUGGAAAAUGGAGGGUCAGUUUGUUAGACCGAAUCUUGUAAUGUACAAUAUUGUUGUUGAUGAUUUGUGCAAAGAUGGACUUUUGAAUGAUGCACUGGAUUUGUAUUUUAAUAUACUUGGUCAAGGAAUUCCCCCUGAUAUUGUCACUUAUACUUCAUUAAUAUAUAGUUUUUGUCAUGUGGGCCAAUGGAAAGAAGCUGGAUUAUUGCUGAAUGAGAUUUUUGUUAAAGACACCAGCCUAGAUGUGUAUACCUUUAACAUAAUAAUCGAUGCAUUAUGGAAAGAACAGAUGCUAUUACAAGCCUAUGAUUUGUGCGAUGUGAUGAUUCUAAGGGGUCAGCAACCAAACAUUAUUACUUACACAAUUUUGAUGAAUGGAUAUUGUUUGAACAAUAAAGUUAAUGAGGCAAGAAACUUAUUUGAUAUGGUAAUUGAAAGGGGUAUUGUGCCAGAUGUUUGGAGUUAUAACAUCUUGAUUAAAGGUUAUUGCAAGAUUAACAGAGUGGAUGAGGCCAUGAAUUUGAGGAAAAAUAUGUUUCUUAAGAACAUAGUUCUAAACAUUGUAACUUACAAUUCUCUAGUUGAUGGCUUGUGCAAAGUUGGUAGAAUCUCGUCUGCGUGGGAGAUUGUUAAUGAAAUGCAUUACUGUGGUCAACCAUUCCCUGAUUUAAACACUUAUAAUAUCCUUUUAGAUUUCGUGUGCAACAACCAGCAUCUUGAUGAGACAAUUGCAUUAUUUAAAAGUCUCAUCUUCGAAAGAAAUUUUGUUCACACUAUCUUAAUUAGUGGUUAUUGCAAGAACAAAAGAUUUGAUGAAGCCGUGAAACCUUUCCAAUAUAUGUGUUCCAAGAAUUUGGAUCCAAAUAUUGAAACUUACAAUAUAUUGUUACACGCGUUAUGCGACAGGCAGCAACUUGGCAUGGCAAUUAUACUAUUAAACCAAGUUGUUGAUGAUGAUAUUUGUCCUAAUUUGUACACAUACAAAAUACUUAUACAUGGUCAAAUAGGUUUUGCACUCUCGGUAAUGAGCAAGUUUGUUAAGUGGGGUUUUAAGUCAAGUGCUAUAACUUUUACUACACUAAAGAAGGGGUUGUGUCUUAGUGGUAAGAUUUUGGAUGCACUUUACAUUAAUGGUAAAAUAGUUGCAAAAGGAUUAGGGUUUGAUGAAGUUAGGUACGGAACCUUAAUCAAUGGGCUGUAUGGACUUUUGAAUGAUGCACUAGAUUUGUAUUUUAAUAUGCUUGGUCGAGAAAUUUCCUUUGAUAUUGUCACUUACACUUCAUUAAUAUAUGAUUUUUGUCAUGUCGGCCAAUGGAAAGAAGCUGGAUUAUUGCUGAAUGAGAUUUUUGUUAAAGACACCGACCUAGAUGUGUAUACCAUUAACAUAAUAAUUGAUGCAUUAUGCAAAGAAGAGAUGCUAUUACAAGCCCACGAUUUGUGCGACGUGAUAAUUCUAAGGGGUCAGCAACCAAACAUUACUACUUACACAAUUUUGAUGAAUGGAUAUUAUUUGAACAAAAAAGUUUACGAGGCAAGAAACUUAUUUGAUAUGGUAAUUGAAAGGGGUGUUGUGCCUGAUGUUUAG